UAGGGGAAGGAAGAGAGCUAUCAAAGCAAAGCAAGGCAAAGGCAAAGCAUGAAAUGAAAUACUCUCUCUCUCUUUCUUUCUGUUGUCUCUCUCUCUCUCUUCGGGCGGGAAAAAUGUAAAGCCUUUCUCUUUCUAUAACAUCAUCUAUUUCAACCCCUCACUUCACCUUAGAUAGAUUGCCUAUGGCUCUCUCUCUCUUCAACUAUCAUCACUUUCUUCUUCUCUUACUUUAUCUGGGUCUGGGUCCUCUCUCUUUUUUCUCCUUCCUUUCUAGUCUAAUUUCAGGUACCAAAGCUUCUCUCCUUUGCUUUGCUUUGCUUGUUUUCUUUCACCUCAUCUUGUAAAGAAAUGAGUUUUUGACGCUGAUUUCCCUCUGGGGACGUACAUCUUCUUUCAAGAGUUAGCAUGGCGGUUGUUUUUGAAGGGUUUUCCAUCCGCGAGUAUGCUUCCAAAAUGAGAAGCAUCGACGUGGUGAAAUGCUGGCCGUUCAGUGGAGCUCUUCUUCUUCUUCUUCUUCUUCUUCUUCAGAUGAUGGCAAUGAUAAUAGUAAGAUAAACAAACAAACCAUGGAAUCUCUUCUCCCUCCGAUCACAGUUACCAAAUUCCGCUGGUGGUCCGAAGAGAUUGAUCUUCUCAAAUCAACUGAAUUAGCUAACAUACAAAGCAGUGGGUUGGAAAAAAGUAAGACUCAAGAAACACAACCCAGAAACCAAAGUGAUAUGUUCCAAGUAAAUCUUCAUGUUGGGGAGAAAUCCAAUGAAAGAUUAGUAGACAUGUUGGAUUGUCCGGUUUGUGGGGCAUUUGCUGCUUCCACAGUGAAUGCGUUGAAUGCUCAUGUUGAUAGCUGCUUUGCUCAAGCAUCUAGAGAAGAGAGGCGCCAAAUGAGGAUGACAAUUAAGGCUACAAAAUCAAGAACCCCCAAGAAACGAUCCAUCAGUGAGAUUUUUGCUGCGGCUCCACAGAUCCACAAGGUUGAUGCUGCCGCUGAUGAUGACAGUUUCCUGGAUGAAGAUGAAAAUGGCGGUUUCGACAACGAGCUGGACCGCAAGAUUGAGAGGCCAAAGAAGAAGAUGAUGAUGAAGAAAAAGAAGAAAGUGGAAAUUGUGAAAAAGUUGAUGAAAAAAAAGAGGAAGUUGAAGAAGAAUAAGAAUCAGAAUAAGAAACAAGAUGGGCUGAUUGCUAACAAGGAGAAGGGUAGCAAGCAAACUCCAGUCAAUUUCAAUAGAAAACCAAAUCAUGUAUCAUGCAAUAGGAGCUCAAAUGCCGUUUCUAUCCUUAGAAAGAAACCAAGUCUCAAAUGCUUGUCUGUGAAGAAGAAAAGCAAGGUUGUUCAAGUAUCCAAUCAAAUUGUAGAGCAUGAAAAGCCAAGUUCGCCUGUUCGUGGCAUUCUCAAGAAUCCCACAAAAAGUAUUUCUGGACAAAAUGCAGCAGUGUGCAAUGUGAGGGCCACUACUCAAGCAAGUACCUGUGCCGAUCUACAUUCUGCCAGGCAUGUCAGUUUCUCAGGUAAGGAUGAUAUACUUGUUCCACAAAAGAAACAUGUUGCUUCAUUUGAGAAAAGAAUUAGCCUCAUUGAUUUGGAUUCAUUUGAUCUGUCACAAAAAGGCCACCAGAAUGAAGUUGAUAAAGAAUUUUCAGCUAGAGAGAUAAACAGAAGUGAUGAAGAUGUUUCUUUUAGCACAGAAAAUGAAAUUAGGGUGCAAGCUAUGACAGAAAAGCAAAAGUUGCCUGAUAGUCAUCACAAUGUUGAUAUACCAAAAUUUCUCAGACCAUGUACCAUUGAGCAAGAAAAAGCAAAUCAUUUCUCAGAUGGAUCAUUGCCCCCAGAUCAAGUUGUUUUAGAUUCUGGUAAUUUGCAUACGUCUAACCUAGGAAAUCAAACUGCAUUUCAUGGCCCCUCAUAUACUGGUGUUCCUAGACUCUUUUCUACACUGAAAGAGAUCCAAAAUCCUUUUGUCAAUUCUCAAGUAUGUAGUGGUGUUUCUACAGCUUUGAAUUACAGUUCCCUCUGGGUUGAUUAUUUUGGAGAUAAUACCCUGGAGGUUUCUAUGAAUUCUAAGGCAAAUCCAAGGACAUCGUUUCAGUCUUUAUCAUCUGGUCUUGCUUUGAGUAAAAAUGCAAACGAAAGUGCUCCAUUUAUGUCAGAAUUUGCAUCAGAAAAUGUUUCAGGCCCUGCUUUGUCUCAUCAUCCAAUAUAUUGUUUGUCUCCUAUUGAACUGAGGGGGACUCCAUGUCCCUUUCCAGAAUGGAAACAGAAGGCAGUUGCCUUACGAGAAAAGUAUAGCGAUGAGGAAUUUUUUGGUUUGCCUCUUAAUUCACAAGGUGAACUAGUGCAGGCAAAGUCAAGUGGAAAAGGAGGAUUCAACCAGCUAAAGAAAUCGAGUUCAGUAUCUGGUUCUUCCAGUAGUGUUAACAAUCUUGUCUUGCCGAGGAGCAUGGAUGAUCAUUCAAUUCUGAAAGGGAAACAUUUUAUUGGAAGUGUUCUUCCAAAUAAUCAGUUAAGUUUGUUUCCUGCACAGAAUCACAUGAAAGAGAAUGACACUAAACAUUUACCAGCUCGAUUGGGGGCUACUGAAUGGCAAGGCCAUAGGAAAGAAGAUGACUACUGUCUAAAUUCUGAAACGAGAUGCAGCCCCUCUGUCUGCUUGAUGGAUUCUGACCUAAAUUUGAUGAACAUGUCUUUUAGUGGAUGUGGGCAAUAUGACCGGUUUCUGAACCAAAAGGAUAAAGGCAUUACUCGUGCAAAGGAAAAUGCAGACAAGAUGCUCCUGAAUAGUCCCCCUCCAACAAUGAGGUUGAUGGGAAAAGAUGUUACAAUUUGUCGAAGUAGUGAUGAGAGAGAAGGAUUUGCAGAUGGAAAGGUCUGGACUGAUAAGGAAAUCAUAAAAGAGCACCAUCCUCAAAGUACUGUCCAUCAGAAUUCCUAUGUUGAUAGACAUUUUCUUUUGGAUCCAGCAUCAGGAAAGUUUAAAGAAACUCCUGUUCAACAAUUUGAAAUAGAGAGCAAUCAGGAGUUUUGUAGCAAUGUACUCAUGAAGCCUCUUGAGUCUAAUUUCUUUCAGCCGGGCCUUAACUGGCAAGCAAAUCCUGAAUUCCAUAAUAGCAGCCUUACAGUUGCAAGAGAUCCUAAUAGAAACUCACACCAUUUCGCUCAUCCACCCACUUCCCGUGCUGUUUUUGACAAUAGAGCUAACUUUCAGGAGUCUUUUAUAUCCAGAAAUGAAACUUUAAGAGUUAGUUCACAACUACCUGCAGCAUCUACUUCACACAGAAGCUAUCAGAAUAUAAAUAGGAAUUCUGUUGAACUCAAAAACAAUCAGAAUCUACUGAAUGCUGGAAAAUCAUCUAUCAACUUUCCCUUUUUGCACCCAGAUCAUGUUGAAUAUGUCCAACCAUCUUGGUUUUCCGGCUCCUCAAAGAGCCUGAUCCCAUGGUUGUUACAAGCAACACAGCAAGUGAAGGCACCCAGUACACCUUCUCAACCAUUUCCUGAAGUGGGUGGUCGAUGUCAUCACCAUGCUGCUCGAACUAGUUUUCACACCCACCACUUGGUUCCUCAUUCACCAAUGGUUUCUUAUGAUUACAAUCCAAUGAUCUCUCACUCACACAUGGAAAGUUCAGCUGGGCAACCAUCUAUAGCUCUUUCCCCACUCAAUCCAGCCCUUCCUGGAAUGAAACCAACUUCUUCUAUUAACAGGAGCCACAGGAACAGAAUCAAGGUCAAAGACAGAAUGAAGUCAAAAAGUGUUGGCAUUAGGGACCCUGAUAUUCGCCAGAAAACAAGGAAGAGACCUGGAGCUAAAGAAGAUUAUCCAAUGAAGCCCAUUAAGAUACCUAAUGUAGGAAUUGAAGCUGAAUUAAGAGCUGCAACUCGGUUGACGAGAGAAAAGUUCAUUGAUGACAUUCAAUGUAACACGAGGUCUCUUGAAACUGAACCUGACAGGAAUGAAGCAAGCCUUGUAGAAUGGAUUCCAAAUGAAUUUCAAUGCAAUGGGUUUGGACUUUCGGCUGGAAUUGAUUCUUCUAAAGUUGAUGGUUUGACAAGACCAGGUCCUAUUAAACUGAGUCCUGGGUUGAAGCACAUCCUGCAACCGAGCCAAAAUGUGGAUCAGGAUAACUCGAGGCUGAUCCAUUCAACUACCCCUUUUGCAUCCAUGACUGAUUGUGGUAGCAUUUUGGAGACUCAGAAGAAAUCAACAAAGAUUUAUAGGUUUUGAGAGUGAGUCUUAUCCUCCAGCAGCUAGUUUUCUGUUUCAGUUUUCAUCAACCAGGCUUUAUAAAUUUUGCGUGUUGAAUGUAACAGGACUGUCUACUAGCCCAGCAGGAUACAAGACUUUUUGUAUUUGACUGCUCUUCGCUUGCAAGUUCAGUUUUCAUGCAUUUGCUACCAGCUCCAACUAGUGAGAUUAUAUAAUAAUCGACAUAAAGAGCAAAAACCAAAUGCAAAUCACCUGUAUUACAAUCCGAGAGCCGAGGAUCUGUUAAUUGCUACAUCAUGGUUUAAGCUCCAAUCCCUCUUUUCCAACAAGAAAAAAGUUAUUUCUUUAAUUUGAGGUUUCUGUACUUGGAUUUUACAAUGUUGCAAAAAGUGGAUUUAUGGUUCUUUAGUGAAGCCAUUACUAGAUGUUUCACUGACCAUUUUCUUCUUGAAAUUGUCAGUAGCCAUAUGUGAAGCAUGGUCUAUCCCAAUGUAAGCCUAAUUAUAUAUGUAAAAACUGAAUUAUGUCUCAUUUUGAUUGGAAGGAUGAUGCUUACACUAUAUUUAUAAUUUCUCCUUAAUGAUUCUUUCUUUUCAGGAGGAAAAGGAUUUUACUUUUCUAAAAUAAAGGGAGGAAUGCA